UACUGACACCUUGCGUGGCUCUUACGUUGCCGACCCUUACGUUUGCUGACAGCGGUCCUACUAUUGCGCACACGUCUUCUAGUGCUCCAAUUGGACUGUUGGAUUUCCAUUCGGAUGGUUGUUUCGCGGACGCCUAAAAACUCGCAGAGCAGAUAAACUCGGAGAAACAAGUCUGUGCGAGUCGGGACAGAAAGCAGUUUUGAAUUAAAAACAAAGUACACCCAUUAGUGCGUGACAUAAACCGUUUGAGGUGACAAAGUGACAACGAAAUUCCGAUUCAGCCGAACUGAAGCAACAGGAAAAGUGCAUUUCGUGAGCGGCAAAGCGACUCAUAUUCCCGUCAUCCCAGCUCAAAAGGAGAAAUGCAACGCUGCAGCCAGUGAUCAAUUACAAAGUUUAUUAACCAUUUUUUAUAAGCCUGUAAAACGGGAAAUAACUGUGUAAGGAAACCCCGCCGAAUUUCAGUGAAAAUAAAAAAAAACAAUUUCCCAUCGCGUGUUGCAAGUUCCAACGCUAGUGGCCGACGCAAAGCUGCCUGCUAUGAAAACGGGCGCACAAUGCUGCUGAAGAAGAAGCGCUAUAUGUACGACGAGCGAGACGGCACUAUUGACUCGCUCGUCGCCGUCGAGCCAAGCAGCAACAACAACAAAAUGGCCGAUACACGCGAAGUGCGCAUUGAAGAGCAAUUAAAAGUGAAAAUUGGCGAGGCAAAGAAUCUGAGCAGUCGCAAUGCGGCCAACACAAGCUGCAGCACACAGGGCACCCGCGAUGUCUACUGCACAAUUGCAUUGGACCAGGAGGAGAUUUGCCGCACACCCACCAUCGAACGCACACUAACGCCAUUCUUCGGCGAGGAGCACCAGUUCAAGAUCCCGCGUCGCUUCCGCUAUCUGUCCAUCUACCUGUGGGAUCGGGACAUGAAGCAGGAUAAGCCCAUUGGCAAGAUAGCAAUUAAGCGGGAGGAGCUGCACAUGUACAAUCACAAGGAUCAUUGGUUCUCGCUGCGGCCAGUGGACCAGGACUCAGAGGUUCAGGGCAUGGCCAAUGUGGAGGUGACGUUUGCGGAAGCCCCACAUACGCAGUCUCUGUCGGAGAGCAUCGAUCUGGGCCAGCACACAAUGGCGCACCACCAGCACCUGUCACACCACCAGCAACACAGCCACCAACAGCGGGCGCAUCUGAACGAUUACAAGGAGAACAGCGAACUGAGCAACAUCCAGCGGGCGGCGGCUUCAUCUUCGGCGGCCAUGACCCUGAAGACUCGAGCCGCCGGUCUAUUUGGUCACGUCCAUCAUCCUCCAUCGCAGACACAGCACUUCCCCACGAUCAAUACCACAUCCACAUCGUCAGAUCAGCUGGCCAAUUGGAAAUCACAUGGGCGAUUCGUUGGCGUGACCAUCAAGGUACCCGCCUGUGUGGACCUGGCCAAGAAGCAGGGCACCUGCGAUCCCUUUGUGAUCUGCACAGCCAACUACAGCAACAAACAGCAGGUGACGCGACGAACCAAACAGCGCAAAAAGACCGUGGAUCCGGAGUUCGACGAGGCCAUGUACUUUGAUCUUCACAUCGAUGCGGAAGCGGGCAGCACAAACACCACUACGAGCAACAAAAGUACCGGUUCCCUGGAAUCGUCCGCCAACAAGGGAUAUGCUAUAUACCCGCUGGGCGGAGCGGAUCUGGUGGAGAUUGUGGUGAGCAUUUGGCACGACGCGCAUGGAGCGAUGUCCGAUAAAGUGUUCCUCGGCGAAGUGCGGCUGCCGAUGCUGAAUAAGCAGGAGCAGCAGGCGGUUUCUCCAUCGGCCUGGUAUUAUCUGCAACCGCGCUCCAUGACGCACAGUUGCCGCUCGCUAAACGCCACACCCCGCUCAUGUGCCACGCCCCCGGGAACGAGAUUAAGCGUGGACUCGACCAUCGGAUCGCUGCGCUUGAAUCUGAACUACACCGCCGAUCAUGUCUUCCCGCUGGCCACCUACGAUGAUCUGAUGAACCUACUCCUGGAGUCGGUGGAUCAGCGACCAAUCACCGUGUCGGCUGUGUCGAUCCUGGGCGAGCUGGUCUCUGGCAAGACGGAGGUGGCCCAGCCGCUGGUGCGACUCUUUACGCACACGGAGCGCAUUGCGCCGAUCAUCAAGGCGCUGGCGGACCACGAGAUCUCCAACCUGACGGAUCCCACCACCAUCUUUCGGGGCAACACAUUGGUCUCCAAAAUGAUGGACGAGGCGAUGCGACUGUCUGGGCUGCAUUACCUUCAUCAGACCUUGCGUCCCGUCUUGUCGCAGAUCGUUGCCGAGAAGAAACCAUGUGAGAUUGAUCCCAGCAAGAUUAGGGAUCGCUCGGCGGUGGACACGAAUCUGCAUAACCUGCAGGACUAUGUGGAGCGGGUUUUCGAGGCGAUCACCAAGAGUGCCGAUCGCUGUCCCAAGGUCCUGUGCCAGAUCUUUCACGAUCUGCGCGAGUGUGCGGGCAAGCAUUUCCCCAGCAAUCGAGAGGUGCGCUACUCUGUGGUGUCCGGCUUCAUUUUCCUGCGCUUCUUCGCUCCGGCCAUCCUGGGGCCAAAGCUCUUCGAUCUGACCACCGAGCGACUGGAUGCCCAGACGAGCCGCACGCUGACCCUGAUCUCCAAGACGAUCCAAUCGCUGGGUAACCUGGUCAGCUCCCGGUCGUCGCAGCAGACAUGCAAGGAGGAGUUCACCGUCGAGCUGUACAAGAAGUUCUGCACGGAGCAGCAUGUGGAUGCGGUUAAGCACUUCCUGGAGGUGAUCUCGACGCCCAGCCAGGCGGGCAGCGGCGUUCAUCCGGCGGCGGCGGCAGCGCCACUGGAACCAGUAUUACUUAAAGAGGGCGAGGGCAUGAUGACCAAGUACCCCACAUCCCGGAAGCGCUUCGGCCGGCAGUUCAAGCAGCGCUACUUCCGCCUCACCACCCACUCGCUCAGCUACGCCAAGUCGAAGGGCAAACAACCCAUCUGUGAUAUACCGCUCCAGGAGAUCGCCAGCGUGGAGCAGCUGAAGGACAAGAGCUUCAAGAUGCAGAACUGCUUUAAGAUUGUGCACAACGAUCGCUCGCUGAUUGUGCAGACCACGAACUGCGUGGAGGAGCGCGAGUGGUUCGACCUGCUGCACAAGGUCUGUCUGAUGAACUCCAUCCGGAUGCAGUACUUCCAUCCCUCGGCCUUUGUCAGUGGCACCUACAGCUGCUGCGGUCGCUCGGAUGAGAACUCCCCUGGCUGCAAGAAUGUGUCGGAAAAGGAGAUGGACUACUUUCAGAUGGAUUUGGUAACGGCCCUGGACCCACCGCUCGAUCUGCAGCGCAUCCACACGCUGAUCAUGUCCAACAUGAGUGUGCUGGAGUCGCUGCUCGAUCCGCUCAACUACCAUCAGCAUCUGCCGCAGACGCAACACCAGCAGCACAAUCCUCUGGUGCCGCUGGCCACCGAUCUGCAGAAGCAUUCACCGCAGGCCUUUGCGGAGUUCAAGCGAACGAUCGAGAAACUGAGAGAGAAGGCGUACGCCAUCGAUCGGGAUCAUCGGGACUACAAGCAGGGCAUUACGCGGCAGCUGAAGUAUGGCAGCAGACAGGCUCCGAUUGGCGAUGACAACUAUUGGCACAUGAUGCGAGCCGCCGGCCAGUUGAACCAGCAACAUCAUCAGCAGCAGCAACACCAACAGCAGCAGCAACAGCAGCUGCAACUUCAGCAGUUCCAGCCGCAGCCAGUGCUGCCGCAAAUGCAGAAUGUUCGGGCGUAUCCUUAUCAGCCAGCCACGAGCAAUAUGAACGCCUACUAUCUGCACAACUUGCAGCAUCAGCAGCAGAGAUUACACUUGCAGCAGCAGCAGCAACAGCAACAUCAGCCGCUGCAGCAGCAACAGUCGCAGUUUCAGCCCCUCCGAAGCCACCAGUUGCAACGCCACAAUAACAACUUAAACAACAAUAACUGCGGCAAUGCCUCAUCCUCCAGCCCAUCGUCGACGACCUCGAGUGUGGUGGCUGCACCGCCCAGCACCACCUCGUCAUCGCAGCCAGCGCCGCCGAUUUAUUAGCGUUCAAGGCUGUGCGUAUUCGCUUUGCCGCGGGCCAUCAUCACAACCAGGUGAAGGAAUACGCAUCAUCAUGGCAGCCUGGAGACACCAAGGAGAAGCCCCCAAACCAGAGGAUGCUGCUGUAUAAAGCGUUUUAUGUGCUAAUUUCUAGGCUCUGUUUUUUUGUAUAAUUUUUUUUACGAGUUUAACGUUGUAAAGGUCUAGACUAAGUUUUUUAAUUAACAGAUUUUUAUACACCAGAUUUUUUCGGUACCGCCAGCAACAACAACAACAAUAUAAAUAGAAACAAGAAAGCGAAAUCUAAAUACUUAUAAGCCUAUUUAUUUUUUGUAUGUGCUAACAUUAUUUAUACACGCAAACGAAACACCCAAUAUGAAAGAGCAUUUCUACUUUUGUGUGAGCGCAAAGAGGGCAGAGAACCACUGAAAACUGAUAACUUUAUAAGCCUAAACUACUAAAAACUCAAAAAUUGCUAAGAUUUUUUAAAGCCUAGCCUAAGUUAAGUACCAGCGCAAUGAGUAGCGAAAUGAAACGAUGUAAAUAGCAGAUGCACGAGUAUAUAUUUCUCUGUAUGUACAAGUGUAAUAUUAACUACAUUAUACCAGUUAUUUUAGGUGUAGCGAAAAUUUCUAAAAACUAACUAAAGUAGGCGUGUUGCCCAGAGGCGACGCAAACAAAAAGCAAAUAAUUCUAACAAAAUGUGAACGCUAUAUACAACAAACAAAAAAACUGCGAAAAGCAAAAAAAACAUACAUCUACAAUGUAUAUUUACUUUAUAUAACUGUCAUACAGCUAAUGUUAAACACACGAUAAGUAUUCGGCAAGUUGCAGAGUACGAACAAAAAUCAUUGUUAAGAACAAAUUUACUUCCAUUUUGCAUACACACACACACACACCUACAUACAUUAAACACACGCACACCAAUAUUUAUUAAAUGCAUUUAAUUUCAUGUUAAACUUAAACAAAAAACAAGUAAAUUGUUAACGCAAACGCGAUUUGGUUAGCUUCGACUUACUUCCACCGAUUUGUUUCCAAAGCUCUUCCAAUAUUAAUUACACGUCUAGAACUUACUUUAAAUAAUUUUAUUUUUGCCAUAUUUAGUUCAUUGUUCAUCAAUCGCAUUAAAAUGUGUCUUCCUCCGCCGCGUUUAUUCAUAUUGUCUUUGUUUAUGCAUUCCAAUUAUUUGUGCAUUUCUUAAUUCUAAUAUCUGCAUGAUGUACAUAGAGAUACGAAACGGAGAAACACGACCAGAUGUUGCUAUGAAUUUAAUUUGUUUGCAGUAACAUUUACACUUUCAGUUGCAUUUUAAGAACGUAUUUUUAGUUUACUUUUACCAUGCCUAGCUGAUAAGUUGUUGGUACAAAGAAUCGAAAAUAUACACAUCUAGAUAUAUUUUCUAGCGAAAAAUAAAGCGUAUCGCCAAUGGAAA